AUGAUCGCGAGCUAUUCUCACUAAACCGAAUCUGUAAAUCGAAGACGGGUAACUAACCCCUUUAAAUGAAUCUGUUACUAAGCUUGACUUGGCAGCCAAAGUGCCAUCGAGUUAGCUGUUGGGAUGAAGAUCAGUAGGUUGGGAGUUUCACCCUUUAAAGUUUAAACGGCUGCACCGAAGAGAUUUGUUUCGUUUCUGGCCACAGAAGAAGAAUAUGAGAUGAAAUUAUCAUGCUUCGUCCUCUUCUUUCUUUCCUUUCUCUAUGAUUUCUGAAGCUGGGUGACUGAUUGUUGCAAAUCGGAUCAUUUCUACACGCUGUCGUGCGAAAUGCCAUCGAUUUGUGCCUCUCAUUGGGUUUUGAUGCCUUGGGUGCGUAGAAAUGUGCGGUUCUUGUCUUUUCCCCAUUCGAACAGAAGAACUUCGUUUAUUCCUUUUGGGAUUUCGUCCUCCUUGAACGACGAUUCAGUUUCAGUGCCCAAACAAAGCCAGCUGAGUUAUGAUGCUUCGGAGGAGCUCUUUGGGCUUGAGGAUUUACAGCCAAGGAAUGUUAUUUCUGGUGCAACCAAACCAAGGUCAUGGUUUGGUCCAAAUGGUCAGUAUAUCAGAGAGUUGCCUUGUCCAAGCUGCAGGGGAAGGGGUUAUACUCUCUGUACAGAAUGUGGAAUAGAAAAACCUAGAUUGGAUUGUUCACAAUGUAAUGGAAAGGGUUUGAGAACUUGCCAUCAGUGCUCAGGGGAUUGUGUAAUUUGGGAAGAGUCAAUUGAUGAGCAACCUUGGGAGAGAGCCCGCUCAAUUUCUCCACUCAAAAUGAAAGAAGAUGAUGAAGUUGACAAGUUAGACAUAAAGCUAGAUGUGAGGAAAAAAUCGAAGCGUGUAUAUCAAUCACCACCCCCUGAAGUUGGGUUAAAGAUCAGCAGAUCAUUAAAAAGCCUCAAUGCCACAACUGGGUUAUUUAGUAAGAGAAUGAAGAUUAUCCACCGUGAUCCUAUCCUUCACGCGCAAAGGGUGGCUGCAAUUAAGAAAACCAAAGGAACUGCUGCAGCAAGAAAGCGUGCUUCUGAAGCUAUGAAAGCUUUCUUUCGUGAUCCAGAUAAUCGUCACAAGAGAAGCAUUGCAAUGAAAGGAGUUAAAUUUUACUGCAAAAACUGUGGACAUGAAGGUCACCGAAGAUACUACUGCCCAGAACUUAAAUUGAAAGACAAGCGAUUCAGAUGUAGUGUAUGUGGGGGAAAGGGCCAUAACAGAAGAACCUGUCGGAAGUCAAGAGAUACCGACGGCAAAGUUUCAAAGCAUCAUCGCUGCAGGAUUUGUGGAGAAAGUGGGCAUAAUAGCAGGACAUGCUCUCAAGCCACUAGUUUUAAGGUGCAGAAUACUAAAGCAAAGAAGGGCCUUUUGGCAUCUGGAGGUAGGGAAUACGCAUGCAGGCUGUGCCAAGAGAAAGGGCAUAAUAGUAGGACAUGCCCUAGUAGAAGUAAAGAUCCCAUUGCAAAGCAUUCUUAAAUUUGAAGAUUGAACUGGUAAUGAGGAGCUGUCAAGUUUCUCUGGAAAAGACAUUAAACCCUUGCCCUGUUAACUUGUGCAUCCUGUAAACAGUUUAUGCCGCUCAGUUGUGGUUUUCCAAUUCUGUGUGAGUGGGCAUUUUUCUUGUCGACAAACACAAGCACAUGCUGGCUUGAUACAAAGUCCAUGCACCUUUGAAUUACAUUGCGAACAAUCUAAUCAGAGUUUUUCUGUUCAA